ACAUGGUUAUUCCAACUCAGGCGCAUACCCGCUGGGCGGGCGCUCGCACUUUUCUAUCGAGCCUCACAAGUACGCAUGUCUUCGUCAAACCCGCUAUGCGACGACGUCGCCAACUCAUGCUAAGACUGGCCCUGAUCGGCUCCCUUGUUUUGGCCGCCAUCUUCCUCUUCUUCCCUUCGACGCGCCAGGCCGUAUUACCUGCCCUAUCACUCGGCCUAUUUUCCGGAAGCCAGCAGCUUCAGCUGGAAACUGUCCGAUACUAUGAUCUUGCCAAUGUCCAAGGCACUGCCAGAGGCUGGGAGCGAGAAGAGAGAAUCCUCCUCUGCGCCCCCCUCAGAGACGCCUCUCCCCAUUUGCCAAUGUUCUUUUCCCAUUUGCGCAACUUGACGUAUCCCCACCACCUCAUCGAUCUGGCCUUCCUUGUCGGUGACUCCAAAGACAACACUCUCCCCUUGCUCUCUGAUCUUCUGGCCCAGUUGCAGGCCAGCGAGAAAGAUGGUAUGCCCUUUGGCGAGGUUUCGGUCAUCGAGAAGGACUNNUUUGGACAAAAGGUCAACCAAGACGUCGAGAGUAGACACGGUUUCGCUGCCCAGGCUAGUAGAAGAAAGAGCAUGGCUCAAGCACGUAACUGGCUUCUGAGUGCAGCCCUGCGUCCCACACACAGCUGGGUCUACUGGAGAGACGUCGAUGUCGAGACGGCGCCAUUCACAAUUUUGGAAGACUUGAUGAGACAUAACAAGGACGUCAUUGUACCCAGUAAGAAUUAUUGCAUCAAGAACACAAUUCGCAAUACUAACACAUUCGAAAAGNACGUUUGGCGACCUCUGCCUGACUGGCUUGGUGGUGAACAACCUUACGAUCUGAACUCAUGGCAAGAGUCCGAGACUGCUCUGGCCUUGGCCGACACGCUUGACGAAGACGCCGUCAUCGUAGAGGGAUAUGCAGAAUAUGCCACCUGGCGUCCUCACUUGGCCUAUCUGCGUGACCCUUACGGCGACCCGGACAUGGAGAUGGAAAUCGAUGGUGUUGGUGGUGUCAGUAUUCUGGCCAAGGCCAAGGUCUUCCGCUCAGGUGUCCAUUUCCCGGCCUUCAGUUUCGAGAAGCACGCAGAGACCGAGGGUUUCGGCAAGUACUCGGUGGUGGGUCUUCCUCACUACACCAUCUGGCAUCUUUACGAGCCCAGUUUGGACGACAUCAGGCACAUGGAAGAGAUGGAAAAGGAGAAAAAGGCGCGCGAAGCAGAAGAACUCAAGAACAAGGAGCGCAUGGACAAGAUCCAGUCCCAAUUCGAUGACACAGCCAGCGAGUGGGAGAAGGACAAGUCGGAGAUUGUCGAUGCGCAGAAAGCAGCAGAUUCUGCUAAGGACGUAGUUGGAGGUGCGAAGGAUGCUGCUGAGAAUGUCAAAGAAGCGGCCAAGGAAGUGGCAGGAGGAGCCAAAGCUGCAGCAAAGGACGCAGCUGAAGGCGUCAAAGAUACUGCCAAGGGACUAGCCGACAAGGCCGAGAAGGCAGCCGAAGCAGUUGUGAAAGACAAGGGGGCUGCGGCA